AUGGAUGCGAAGGAAAUCGAAGUCAAGAGUAAGGCUCUGGCCAAGGCCACGACCCAGGGCGAGCCAUCAUCUACAUUACUUGACAUGCUCGCGGAUUUGCGCAAAGGAGUGCAAGCGACAGAAGAACUCCUCCGCUCGACCCGCGUCGGUAUCAUCGUCAACAAGCUGAAGCAACACAAGAGCCCGGAGGUAGCGAAACAGGCCGGCGAACUGGUCUCAAAGUGGCGGGCCCAGGUGAACAAGCAGAAGAGUGGAGGAGCAUCAGCAAGCCGCGGCUCAAGCUCACCUCGCCCAUCACAGAACGGUUCAUCGACACCCGUCGCCGCAACCCCAUCAUCUGACAAGUCCGGCGGCUUCAAACCGUCAGUUGCGCCUGACAAGCGAACCUGGAAAACAGAUGGAGUGAACACGUCGGUCACCGGCAGCAAAUUGCGUGAUAAUUGCACCGGGCUCAUUUACGACGGGCUGUGCUUUAAUUCGACUGAAGCGCCCACAGUCAUCCUUGCAAUGGCCACGCAGGUCGAGCAGGCUGCGCACACUGCUCUUGGCCCCGAGUCGAAGCCCGAGUAUCGUGGCAAGAUCCGCAGUCUCUACCAAAAUCUGAAGAACAAGUCGAACCCCAAGCUGCGCGUCCGUGUGAUGGCAGGCGAUAUCACACCCCAGGAAUUUGUGACCAUGUCAUCCGAACAGCUCAUGUCUGACGAUCUGCGCAAAGAACUGGAGAAGAUCAAGAAGGAGAACAUGAAUAAUGCCAUGGUGGCUCAGCAGGAGCGCAGUAUCAGCAAGAGCUUGCAGUGUGGCAAGUGUGGCCAGCGCAAGGUCACCUACACGGAGGCGCAGACUCGCAGUGCUGAUGAACCGAUGACACUCUUCUGUACCUGUACGAACUGCGGAAAGUCGUGGCGGCAGUAA